GGACGGAGGUCGAGAAGGUCGCACAGCAAAGCAGUUUACUAUGAAUCAAUAUGGAAGCAAAUAGAACAAUGUUGUCUCUAGAUAUAUUUUUAUUUGUAUGGUAUAAAUGCCUCAGUAGAUAGCAUACGCGGAUCAGUAGGACACGUUAUAUCAUAGUUUAGUUAGCGGACACGCUAGUUAUUCACGUUAUAAAAUUUCAAAAAUUAUUUGUAUAGUUUAAACUUUCGGGUGAAUCAUUUCCAAGUAGCCGUGCUCAACUUAUAGUAUUAUUUUACACCGAAAUUUAAGGAGAAUUAUUUUGCUGAAAUAAUGAAUCCUCAGCACCGUGUUCAAUUUCAAAUUUUGCCUAAAGGGUUAUUCGUUCUUAUGUUGUGUAUUAUACCUGCACAAGGCCAUUGGUGGGCAGUGGCGAACGAAGGUGAUGUUGGGAAGAUCAGCAGUAGAAACGUUCCAAUUUGCGAUCGCAUCGAAGGUCUUUCAAGAAAUCAAAAGACUUUAUGCAAGAGAUAUUACAACCACAUGUCGUUUGUAAGUGAAGGAGCUGAAAAUGGAAUCAAGGAAUGUCAACACCAGUUCAGUGGUCAUCGAUGGAAUUGUUCUACUGUUGAAGAUAGUUCGGUGUUUGGAAGAGUGCUCAAUAUCGGAAGUAAAGAGAUUGCCUUUACAUACGCUAUAGCUUCUGCUGGAGUUGUACACUCGGUUGCCAAAGCUUGUAAAAGAGACACUUUGUCGACAUGUGGAUGCAGCAGAAAGAAACGACCUAUCGGUUUACACCAGGACUGGAACUGGGGAGGCUGUGGAGAUGAUACUGAUUAUGCCUAUGGAUUUGCAAGAGAAUUCAUUGAUGCGAGAGAACGAGAUAACCUCUCUCCUAGAGGACAGAAAGAAAAGGCAAGAAAAGCAAUGAAUUUACAUAACAAUGAAGCUGGAAGAAUGGCCAUCGUUAGAGGGACACGACCAGCAUGUAAAUGCCAUGGCGUAUCAGGAUCAUGCAGCCUCAAGACUUGUUGGUUCCAAGUUCCAGAUUUUCGACAAAUUGGUCAGAAUCUGCGGCAGGCACACGGAAUUGCUAUCGAAAUGCGAAUGAAUAAAAAAGGACAAAUUCGUCCACGUAACUUGGAGCACGGUAAACCAACUUCAACAAGCCUCGUUUAUAUAGAAUCAUCACCUGACUAUUGUAAAGAAAAUUUAAAGACCGGAGUACCGGGCACAAGAGAUCGAGUUUGCGAAAAAGACUCAUCGGGAAACAAUGGGUGUGGUCUUCUCUGCUGUGGACGUGGUUAUAGAAGCAAACCAGUAGAUGUUGUGGAAUUGUGCAAAUGCAAAUUCCAGUGGUGUUGUUCUGUCAAAUGUCAAAAAUGUCAUAAAGUAGUGAUCAAACAUUUUUGCAACUAAAGUUGCUAUACACCGUUUUGAAAGACAUGUUCCAUCUUAUUGAAUAACAACUUCAAAUUAGAAAAUAAAAAAGCACACCACUGUUAAAGGGCGUUGUCAUCUACCACAAUAUUGCCGUGCAUCGAUUAUCCGAAUAACUUAAACAAGAAAGAAGCAGAUAAAUUUAAGAAGUUGGCAACGCUGCCGUUUGUGACAAAUACAAUCCAGAUCAAAUCAAAGAAAACACCAAAAAGCACAAUAAAAUUUAUAAUCAUUUUUUACUUAUAUUAUUUUUUGUUUUAUUAUUUAAGUGUGCAAUAAAUGCGUUUU